GAUCAUCGGCAUUUGGUUCCAAGAAUAGGUACUGCAAUCCAACCAAUACAGAAUUCAAAUUUAAAACAGGUUUCCAAUCUUCACGAAGAAUAUUUAGACAUACAUUGCCAUCAAGAUCAAUAUUAG